GGCAGGCCGUUCAUCGGCUGCGUUGGCUGCUGUCGUUUAACAGUAUUCGCAUUAUUGUUUUGUUCGUUAUUCGUGAUGGCGUCGGAUCCGUCAUUCUCGGCGCUGGGCUGCGACGACGGCUCGGAGGGCGGCUGGGCGAACGUCCGCGAGCUCUUCAAGGACUUUGGCAAGAGCUCGAGCGAGAUGGAUGCGACGCGCGAGGCCCCGCCGCAGCUGGCAGAGUGGGCGCAGAUGACUGGCUCGGCGGGACUGAUCGGGUUCUUUGCUGGUGGAAACCGAGGCAUGAUACAAGCGCGCGAAGCUCACAUUGCGAACAACGCCAACACACUCUACCAUGGUCAGUUCCAUGCUCAGAGAGAGCUCAAUUAUAGCACGUUUAUGGGAUACUCGAGCUCUGGAAUGCGCAUGGCUGGACGGCUGGCAUUGGUCACUGGAGUGAUGGUCGGAACGAGUAUUCUCAUUGAUCGCUACUUUGCACGCACUCACGACAUUCGGAGUGCUGUGGCUGCUGGCACGCUUACGGGAGCUGUGUUUUCGCUGACUCGCGGUCCUGCUGGAUUUGCACGAGGCGUCGCGCUGGGCGCAGGUCUCAGUUCCGUUUGGGGCGUUGCUCGCGCUGGCGCACUCUGGGCCGGUCAUGCCAUCGAUCCCGAGACGUACGCAUCCCCUCAGUACAACCAAGCCCGUCUGGACCAACGCGACGCGCGCGACCUUCGCACCAAAGAAGCCGGCGUGCACGUCACCGCCGCAAUCAUUGACGAUCUCGACCAGCAAAUCCACGCCAUGCGUCGCGACAAGUCGCCAUAGCAGCUUGCCUCUUCUUUGUUUUUGGUCUUGAAGAAGUUUGUACUGUAACAAGCAUCAAACAAUCAAGUUAGUCGUUGUCUACGUUCAUUGAUCG